AUGAAUGCCUUCCGCGAAGAUAUGAAGAAGAUGCUGACCAAAGCCGGGGGUAGCGAAGAGCACACGGUCUUCCUGUUCAGCGACACUCAGAUCAAGGACGAAGGCUUCGUUGAGGACGUAAACAACCUGCUCAACACGGGGGAGAUUCCGAAUCUUUUCCCUGCGGAGGAACGUGUGGCCAUCUGCUUCUCGGCUACUUUGAGACGCCUGGAGCAUGACACGUCCAUGCAGUCCGCCGAAGCUUCUGCAAGUCUUGACUGCAACAUAAAUCUCGGAUCAUCUCGGCCUUGUAAACGGAUUCGAGGCGAGAUGGUCCGCAAAGCCGCUGCAGACGAAGGAAAGGCACCGGCCGGGUCCCCGGAUGAGCGGUCACGGGUCUUUAGGGUGCACGUUUGGAAGUUCAGAUUCAAAAGUUGA